UCCCUUUCAAACUCUCACAUCCUCUCUCUCUCUGACUCUAUUCUCGUUCUCUCUGUUUAUGCUUUGAUUUUUGAUUAGUGAAUGACAGCUCCAAACAUGGCUGCCAUCACUGAAUUCCUGGAGAGGUCUCUUCGGAAAUGUUCACUGAAUACACAUCAAAACGGCGUGGUUAUAUCAGGGGAGAGUCGCAGAUCGUCUUCCUCCUCCUCUUCAUCAAGCUCAGUUGACUCUGCCGCAACACAAAAUAAUCAACCACAAACCUAUGAAACCACAUUGGAGCUCAACUCCCACCUCUCUCUUCCUUAUCAUUGGGAACAAUGUCUCGGUUUAGAGACAGGGGAGGUUUACUACGUAAACUGGAGAAAUGGAAUGAAAGCAAAAGAGGAUCCGAGAAGAAACAAUAUUAUGACAGAAUACAACAAUGGAGAAGAUUUGUACUCAGAGUAUGAAGAAGAUAAUUCAUAUGACAGUGAAGAAUCAUCAUCUUCAUCAUCUCCUUCUCCUUCUCCUUCAUCAUCAAGAGAGGAAGAUGGAGGUGGUGAUAAUGUGCUUGUUGUGGCUGGUUGCAAGAGCUGUCUCAUGUACUUCAUGGUCCCUAAACAGGUCGAAGAUUGCCCUAAAUGUACUGGUCAACUACUCCACUUCGAUCGAUCGGAAUCUAGCUCCCCUUGAACACACUUAAUUCCAAGACUUUUUAAUUCAUAUUUUUCGUUUUCUUUACUUUUUCUUUCUCGGGAAAUUCUGUUUGUGCUUCUAUAAAGAUUUUUCUAGAUUGCACUGUCGAAAAUGUGAGACAAAGACUACUUUUAUUCAAUCACAAAUGCUUCUUCCUUUAUUCUCCAUA